UAAGCACAACGCGUCCAGGAAACUUGAAGUCAUUUGGUGUUUUUUUUUUUGUAUUUUAAACAUUAUCAGUUGUUGUAUAGUGUUUGCUUAUUGAAGUUUUGUAUCUUUUAUUUAUUUUCCUCAAAAUCAGUGCCGGCUGAAAAAAUGAAGAUGUGUUGGAAUUUUUUGACAAUUUUUGUUAUAAGUUCAACUCUAUCAUAUUCAUUGGCAGAUUACUACACAUGCUCUCCAUCAAUAACAAUCAAUCCACCGGCCAAUAUUUCAAAUGCGUGGUUUUAUCCAAAUGGUUGGAAUGCUACUCUUCCUGAUCCAGGCUAUGCUGCAGGACAGAAUUGUUCAUGGAUUAUCAAUGUCCCGAAAGGGAUGUUCGCAUCUCUAAACGUGGAAGCAUCAACAGAUCCACAGUCUUCUCUUAUCGUAACUGACUCAGUGAACUAUUCGACAAAAAUCACGUCAUCUGACUUGGAACCAUUUUAUUUGAUGGACCCAUCAUUCACAAUCACCCUUCAAGCUAAUCAAGUUGGAACGUUUGCAAUGAGAGUUUACUGGCGUGAAAUUCCACAAGUUUUCCCAUCAUCUUGGAAUGUUCAUGCCAAUUCGACGCCAUUGGCAUUAUAUGCAGGCGAUUUUGAUAACUCAACCGUUAUUCAGGCUGAUACACGUGUUUCCCUCCUUGCAACUUAUCCUUCCGCAAGUCUCGAUUUUACGCCCAUCCUCAGAGCCACACAAGUUUAUGACGGUCCAUCAAUUAAUUCGACUCAUCUGGGAAAUUUGUAUCAAGUUCUGGUCUCAAAAAAUAAAUUGGUCUCAAAUGGAACAUAUCUGACACUAUACAGUCUCCUUCCUGGAACAUUCGCUAUGGGAAACGCGGUUAUACUUCAAGACUACUCUAAUGUGAAACAAUUCAAGUCAUACAAAGCGACUUAUUGUCUAAUGCCAGAUUUGUGUCCGAUAGCUCUUGAUGCAACUAACGGAACUGCUGCAGCCAUUCAUAUAAGUGGUCCGCUUUUUGUAACGCAGCUUUCAAUGCCAACAACUAACAAACUCUCGGUCUACGCAAAUUAUUUCACCGAUUCUAAUAAGCUUGCCGAUUACUCAUAUUCGAAUUCCCUGACCAACCUUCCUCAAAAAUUUAGAGGAAAGUUCACGACAUUUGUUCUGGACCAAGAUCAAGCUUCGUUUUACUUAGUUUAUAAUGCAAUUAAAGCUGGCUGGAGCCCUGCUGCUCAAGGACGUCGUGGAUUUUUCGCCUCUGCUAAUUUUGGAGUAAUGGAUUCAAAGCAAGAUUUUGAUGACCAAGUAACUGCAACAAAGUAUUCAAAUAUCAGUUACACAGUCAAUCGAGCUGCAAUUGUGGGACAAUCAGCUCUCAGUGUGACCAUCACCAACAAACAGAAACCUGUAAUAAAUAACGUAUACACGGUGUCCAACUUUCCAGGAGGACCCGUUUAUGCCUUCGGUGACUCAAUUUCCGUUAGUUACAAAUCAAACGGUGGUAUCUCUUCUGGACCGUUUAUAUCAUUUGGAUUUGACAACUCUGCAUCAUCACAAGGAAUUCUCGUCACGGUCGUCGUAUCGAUUUGGAUGGCGAUCAUUUUAUAGUUUUUUUUUUUUAAUUUUAUUUUUGAUUUUGUUUGAUUCAAUAAAAUUAUUGUAUUGUUU